CGUUUUUCUCCGGCGAUUGCUUCAAUCUUAGGCUCCACCUAGAUUCUCAUAUGGAACAAGCGAAUCUAGAACGCAGAGCUGCAGAAGCAGUUCUAAAUCUCCAACCAAGCGCUUCGAUUGCUAUUUCGUAUCAUCCUCUCUUUGGUCAUCAUAAUGAUAUAAUGCUUCUUGAGCUUGAUGAAAAACUUCUCCCAGACAUUCUCCACCAAAGGGUAGUUGUGAGAGGACAGCCUGAUGAAGAUGCAGUCCUUUGCACUCAGUCAAAAACUUAUGCAAUCAAAUUUGUUGGUACUUCAAACUCUGUAUUCCUUAUUCCGCCUUCAGAUCAAUCAGAAUUUUCUGAUAAUUUACUUGAUGAGAAUGAUCAAAGCCAACUACCUGUUGCAUCCAUCCUUAAAGUUGCUACGGGUACCAUGGAGCUCGUUGAGGUUGCUCCCAAACUCGACAAGCUGAAGCUCCUCCUCUUCAAGAACCUGUACAGGCCUGAAGUGGACAUAGAGAUGGAGGGCUUGGGAGAAGUAGAGACAGGAUUAUAUAAAUGGGAUGAUCUUGUUGACUUAGUUCAAGCUAGUGAUGAUGAACUGUUGUCCGGACUACAAGCACUUUCAGCUUUGGAAAUUGAUGGGUAUUGGAGGGUUGUGGAUGUAAAGUACAUGGAUAUGAUGCUGAGGAUGCUCUUGCACAAUUCAGUGCUGAAUGACUGGUCUUUGGAUGCGCUUGACCAAGAUAGAGUUGUGGAUGUGCUGCAGUCAGAUGGGUUUCCUCACAAACUUGCGGAACAUUGUUUGUGUGUCUAUGGUCAUAAGGUAAGUGAAGGUGUGGAGACAAAUUGUGUGUGGAAGCUGGAUGAGAGGAAGGUGUGCGUGCAUUUUGCGAGAGAAAUCUUACGAGGAGGGAAGAAGAAGAUAGAGAAGUUCAUGGAGGAGUGGAAUAGAAAGGUGCCAGAAUGUAUGCAAGCAAGUUUCACCAUGUUGGAAGGUGAGGUUUUGACCGAAAGGUUUGGUAUCGAGACAUGGGUGCGUGCCUUAAGUGUAUCGUCUCUGCCAUCAUCCCCUGCUGAGCGCUUCUCUCUCCUCUUCAAAGAGCGCCAAAAAUGGGAGUGGAAGGACUUACAGCCCUACAUCAGGGACUUGUCUGUGCCGGGUCUUUCUUCAGAAGGUUUGCUUCUCAAAUACACUAGAAGAACACAACCAACAGCGGAUGCAGAGCCUGUAUUCAGCGCAAGAUAG